AGGACUCCAUUACAUCACAUCAGAUCUGAUGUAUUACAAUUUAUUCUUAGCAGAGUCUUAAUUGUGAUUCUGCUGUGCGUUUCCGUUGCAGAUGAGCUCUGUGGUCAAAGCAGAAUCUUUUUCACUCGCUUUGACGCUGACCCAAAUUUUUACCAGUCUGUUGAAGGAGAAACAUUUAACCAUUAGUUAGGGCUACUAAUAGGCUGUUCUUGAAAUACACUUACGCACUCUUGAUCUCUAUUUGGGGCAGGAAUUCUUUUGUAUCAAACUAUGAAGCACAUUUGGCUAAUCUCGACUAAUGCUUGGGAUUAGUCAAAUAUGUUCCUGUGACUGGAUGAAACUUAGUAACAUACUUCGUGGUUUCCCUGCACCAGGCUCCAAAAAAAAAAAAACCUAAAACUUAAUGAUCUUUUCUUGACUGUUCAUAUUUGUUUCCCCCCCUGUGUGUCCCAUUUUGAAAUGCUCAUUUAGAAUGUCUGUGAGUGUAGGCUACUUUGUGUUUGAGUUAUAACCAUAGACUGUAAAUAUUACUUAGAACCAUAGACUGCUUAUAACCUGCCCUGAGACUGAAAAUCAUUAACAUGUAAAAAUAGGUUAGAAACAAAUAUUGACACAUUCACUGUGUUAACACUGACGGUCCUGAGCAUAUCCAGGAAACAGAACGUUUGCUGUCCUUUUUUGUCUUGUUUUUGUUACUUCCCCUUUCCCUCCCACCUCGCUCCUUCUCCUCGUCCUUCCUUGGAAGAAGUAUCGCGCACGCGCUCAGUGGGCUGUGGGGGGACUUGUAGGCGCGGUCACGUGGUUUCGACUGUCACAUAAAAGUGCUCGUCCCACCGGCCGACCGGCGGAUCUCUGCCUCUGCUCCCUGUGAGACCGGACCGGAUCGGAACCAGCGGCGGUGAAACAACAUAAAACCAGACGCUUGCUUGAAGGAGCCUCGCGGUGUGUUUUCAUCCACUGCUGAAAUCAGCACACACUCAGGCGACAGGGAGCCCCCCAGGUCCAGACGCGCAGAGAUCAUGGCCUCCCACAUCUCCAACGACAAGCGCUUCCUCAUCUUCUUCGACUUCGAUGAGACGAUUGUGGAUGAAACCAGCGACGACAUGGUGGUGCAGGCCGCACCGGGUCAGCACCUGCCAGGUUGGCUGAAGGACACCUACCAGCCCGGCCGCUACAACGAAUACAUGCAGCGCGUACUGGCCUACCUGGCGGAGCAGGGCGUCACGGAGAGCGACAUGCGCAACGUCAUGGAGAAGAUGCCGGCAACACCUGGCAUGCUCACCCUCCUUCAGUACCUCCGCACCCGGCCCCAGACGGACUUUGAGGUGGUGCUGUUGUCCGACGCAAACACCUUCUUCAUCGAGUCGUGGCUCCGACGCGCAGGGGCUCGCCAGCUCUUCCACCGGAUCUUCUCCAACCCGGCCACAUUCAACAAGGACGGCCGACUCGUGAUGCGGCCCUUCCACUCCCACGACUGUCCUCGGUGCCCAGACAACAUGUGCAAGCAGGUGGUGGUCAGGGACUACGUGGCCCGCAGGGCGCAGGAGAGAGGCCGUCCGUACCAGAGGGUCUUCUACGUGGGGGACGGAGCCAACGACUUCUGCCCCGCGCUCUCUCUUGGGCCCCGGGACGUGGCGUUCCCGCGGAGGGAGUUCCCCAUGCACAGGCUGAUCACAGAGACUCACGAGGCCAUGCCCGGGGAGUUCAAGGCGGUCACAGUGCCGUGGGCGAACGCAGAAGACGUGGUGCAGCGGCUGAGGAAGCACGUUGUAGAGUAGAGGGUCACAGGUAGAGACAGAGGGGGAGAUGACACUAUUAGUCAGAUCCUCAGAUUAAAGUAUUCAAGGCAAUAAACCUGCACGUGCCUUCAGCUCCUCAUGUUUUGGUCCAGAGGUCAGGCCAACUUUACCAUCAGCAGGUUAAUGAUUCUCAGCAACCUCAAACAAUUAGCCUUAACCCACUGUUUGUUAUAAAUUGAUUAUUGGGUGUAAGGAUAUAUCUUUAUGGUUGAGUGUAUUGUAUCACUAAUAUCCUUCAAUGGGACUUGUGUUGCUUCCAAACUGGGUCACUAUGAGAUCAGUGUAAGUACUUCAAUAGCAUAUAUUAAAAAUAGAAAGGAAAAAAAGACUAUAUGGACAGUUGAACUAACUUAAUGUCUGGUAACUUUUUAAUUUCAAGUUUAAGUGUGUUUUACUACAAACUGCACUUUAAGAAUAUGAAAUAAGACUUUAUAGUCUCAGUAAAUAAAAAUCAGAUAUGCUGCCAUAUGAUGACAAUGGGCAUUUCAACAUAUCUGCAAUAUUUUAUUUGGGGGGGGUGGGAUUCUCAGAAUAGGUCUGUUAUGACUUUGUUGUAAGAGUGUUUUUGUUUGUUGGAACAUGUCAAUCAGUCUGUUGUGUCGUCACUGUGUGGGCUAGGCCUACUGAAGAACUAAUGAUCACCAGCAGGAAUAAAGCCAUCAACUGAAA